AUGGCUCAUAUGGCAUCUCCCGAAGCCAAGCGACUUAAGACUACCCUUGCAAUGUCGAAAUUUUGCACGUUCUGUACCCGCGCCGGGAUGCAUGAGAUUGGAUACGUGGAGUCGUUAUCUGGCUCUAUGCACCUUGAGGAUGAAGAGUCUGAUGAAGCACCGGCCGUGGAGGAAUCUCUCGACUUGGAGAUGGAAGAUGGAAGCGAAGAUGAUAAAGUGGAAACCGAUGCUGAAGAAACCGUCGAAGAAGAAAGCGACCAAGGCGGGGAAAAUCGCGUUCAAGCGAGAAGACAGCUGCAAACAUUGUCCGAUAUCAAAGCAUCCAUGGACAUCUGUCUUCUCUGCGAAAAGAUUUGGUCGGCUUUUGAGAAAUGGGCCACAAAGAAGUAUGAUUCUCUCCACCGCAUAGACCUAUCGACAUCGGGUGUCACCAUCUGGCCGACAGAGCUUUCGGAGAAAUGGAGACUUUACGAAGAAGACGCAUCUUACGGAAGAUAUACGGGAGGAACUCUGUCGAUUCUUCGGGUAAGGAUCCGAGUACAAGAUCCUGAUGACUUGGAGGAAUGGCUUGAGCCUGAGGUCAAGUUCCAAAAAUGCGACGAGAGCAUUUUGAGGGUGGCCGACAUUUUUGACACAGCCGAUAACGAUAGUGUGGGUGACCCGUUAUCAUGGCCGGAUACAGAACCGUACAUUGGGAGGAGACGGCCUCUUGUGGCCGACUUGCGUUUGUUUCGGAAGUGGAAGAGCUUCUGCGAUGCGGCUCACGAUGGAAACUGCCAGCCCGGGCGAAUUCCGCUCGGAUCACGAUCUCUACGGUUCAUCCGACUCAUCAACGUCGAGACAUACUCUAUCGUAGAAAUAGAAGCUAUUGAGCAGGUCUCGUGGGUUGCGAUAAGCUACGUUUGGGGCAAGAAGCACUUCCGCACUCUGACAGGAGCUACGCUUGAAGAGCUCAAAAUGGACGGUGCUUUGAAGGCAUCUUGGAUUCCAGAGACCAUCGCAGAUGCGAUCGCGGUUACUAGAGGGGUCGGGGAGAAGUAUCUUUGGACUGAUAGCCUGUGCAUCAUCCAAGAUUCAGUUCCUGACAAGAUGCACUUUGUGCCACGCAUGGACAUCAUCUACGGACGUGCAACUCUGACCAUCGUCAAUGCGGCUGGAGACAAUGCAUUCAGCGGCCUGCCAGGUGUUAGAACUGGGACAAGAUACCAAGAAGAGGAGCCAUUCUCGAUCUUGGGCGACAAAGAUACUGACGAAGAACCUACGUGGCUUGUUCAAACGCAUGAACCGAUACGAACAAGCCGUGAGCUCGUCGGAGACUCUUGCUGGUUCACGCGCGGAUGGACCUAUCAGGAAGCUAUGCUCUCACAGCGUUGGCUCAUCUUUACUCCCGAACAAGUGUAUUGGGAAUGCCGACAAGCAACUUGGCGAGAGGAUGCAUGCUGGGAACUUCCCAAAUGGCGUGAAAAGAAGCAAACCGUCAUCUACGACCCGGCCUUCGAUAGCCAUCUUCUUCAGGAUCUUUGGAACCCGUCUUCGGCAAAGAGCUUCGACAUGACCUACCAAACACUUGUGGGUAACUACCUAAAGCGGGACCUUACUAACGAGAGUGAUGGUCUCGACGCGAUAGGGGGAGUCUUGAGGGCUGUGACAGAGGUAACUGGGUUCGAGUUCCUUUGGGGCUUGCCUAAGGAGUUUUUUGCUGUGACAAUUGCCUGGCCGUGCUGUCUACAACGGCCGCAUCGACGCACGGGGCGGUGCCGUAUCGAGGUCGGAAGCGGCGAUGAGAGCGGAGGAGUCCUAACGACAGUCCAGGCAUGUUUCCCUAGUUGGUCGUGGGUCGGCUGGGUAGGGGAUAUUUUGACCGAGCCUAGUGAUUUCGUGGGACCUACUGCCGGCUUGGAGUUCUAUCACAUCGUGAGCGGUGAUGCGGGCGAGGACGAUCUUGUUCUGAAGCACAUUCCACGCGAAGAAAAGCCUUCGCAAGCUGCGUAUGAGCCGUCGCGGUGGAAGGACCCUGUAUGGAGAGGAGAUACAGGCGCCGAGAUCAGUCUGAAGGACAUACCCACAGCGCUGCUAGUGCCAGAGACGCAGUUUUCACUGUUGGUUCUAUGGACUAGCAUCGCGGAACUCUCAUUUGAGAAAGACACGAGCGUUCCCGAGGACAGCGACUGGGAGGAUAUCUAUGGCUUGUGGGUCAACGAAGAUACAAAAAUGGACGUCAUCUGGGACCAGUAUCCGGAGUUUAUCAAUGACUGGAAGGGAAAGAAGGCAGAAGAUCGCUUGAAGAGGCGGGUUGAAUGCAUCGUGAUUGGACGAGACAGCUUAGACAGAGGUCGAGAACAGGGCCGACUCAGUGUGCUUUUGGUCGAGACGCACUCACAUGGUGGGAUAUCGAGGAUUGGCAAUGUGUGGUUCUGGGAGCAUGAAUGGGAUCAGCUGGCAAACAGAAGAUGGGAGAUGGUGUAUCUUGUAUGA